CUCUCCCUCCUCAACCUUCCCCCUCGAUUCCCGCCAGAAUCUUCUGUAAUACCUUCAUCUUCCUUCUCCCAGAAUCUCAUUGCUCAUCGGCCGUUCCAACUUUCCAACCUUGAAUUUGUUCCUGAAUCCAUUCAUACUUGCAUUGGAUAUAUAAUCUGAAUGUAGUUUGAUGUACUGAUGCCUGUGAGCGUUGAUCUCGGCAUCCCUUUCCUUCUUCGCUCCCUAAAAACAUUUUUCCUCUUUUCAAGUUGUUUCAGUUAGACCCAGUUGAGCGAUUUUCAACUCUCUCCUUUGCUUCCUAAAUGCUAAUUUAGAUCAUGCUGGUGCGGCUUAGAUUUAGUCCUGAAAUUCAUAGAAGCCGCAUUGCCAAUGCUUUAGUACUUGGGGUUCUGAAAAUUAUGGAGGUCUGAGAAUUUGCGCACGCGCACUUUGUUAUCUGAAUAAAUUCAGAGCUUCCCCUUGUUUAGUGGGCUGAGAGAGCAUCUUUCUAGCAUUAGAAUAUUUAUAGUAAAUAAGUUUCCUUUUAUUAGCAUUUAUUUUAGCCGCGGAAAGAAUCCAAAGGUGCAGUUUCUCGGCAUUUAAUGAUCAUCACUUAGUUCAAGGAUUCUUAGAAGUAUUUGAGAAGAGGAAGCUCUCUCACGUAAGCUGGUGAGUGAAUCGAAGUGACCCUUUCACAGAUGUUGCUUCGAUGGGCGAAAAAAGGCGAUGGGAAACUAAGCAAGCGCAGUAAUGACAUUGACGACAUGGAAAUGCAGCUCAAUAUUUUGGGCUCAGGCAAAAUCGAAAGGCCUAAGAAAUUGAUUAUGCGGCCUCGAAUUAAGGUUUGGAUGGUAAGGACAAUUACAACUGUGAUACUCUGGAGUUGUGUUGUUCAGCUUAUGGCUCUGUGUGACUUGUGGGCUCCGAGAUUGUUGAAGGACAUGCCUUGCUAUUUUAGUCACACUGGUUUACCUCCUCCUACAAAGAUAGAUGAAGACCAGUCUCGAGCUUCAGCUAAGGCUGAACUCUCACCCAGAAAUGUAAGGAUACAGAAAGAGAAGUCUCGCGUUUCAGAUAAGCUUGUCCUGCCAACUGUAAGUGUAAAGAUCGAGAAAGAGAAGCCUCGCGUUUCAGAUAAGCUUGUCCUGCCAACUGUAAGUGUAAAGAUCGAGAAAGAGAAGCCUCGCGUUUCAGAUAAGCUUGUCCUGCCAACUGUAAGUGUAAAGAUCGAGAAAGAGAAGUCUCGCGUUUCAGCCAAGCCUGUGCUUCCACCCAAAAGGAUAUAUAAGAACAAUGGCUAUAUUAUAGUUUCUUGCAAUGGAGGACUCAACCAAAUGCGAGCAGCAAUAUGUGACAUGGUCACCAUUGCUAGAUACUUGAAUGCAACUCUCAUAGUUCCAGAGCUUGAUAAAACCUCCUUCUGGGCUGAUCCGAGUGACUUUGAAGACAUAUUUGAUGUAGAUCAUUUCAUUACAUCUUUAAGAGAUGAGGUUCGAAUAUUAAAGAAACUACCACCUAGGCUCAAGAAAAGAGUUGAUGCAAAGCAACACUACUCAUUGUCGCCUGUUAGCUGGUCCAAGAUAUCAUACUAUGAACAUCAGAUCCUUCCUCUAUUGCUGAAACACAAGGUUGUGCAUUUAAACAGAACUGACACUCGACUAGCGAAUAAUGGACUACCUUUAGAGAUUCAAAAGCUUCGGUGCCGAGUAAAUUUAAAUGCUCUGAGGUUUACCCCUCAGAUAGAGCUACUUGGUAGAAGGAUUGUCAAAAUUUUGAGGGAAAAGGGACCUUUCAUUGUACUUCAUCUUAGAUAUGAGAUGGACAUGUUGGCUUUUUCAGGCUGUACGCAGGGCUGUGACAGUCGUGAGGUGAAGGAACUCACAGAAAUGAGAUAUUCUAAAGACUGGUGGAAGGAGAAAGUAAUUAAUUCUGAAGUGAAGAGGAAAGAAGGUUUCUGCCCUUUGACACCUGAGGAAACUGCUCUGACAUUGACAGCACUAGGCAUAGAUCGCAAUGCCCAAAUUUAUAUUGCUGCUGGUGAUAUAUAUGGUGGAGAGAGAAGGAUGGCGAAUUUACGCGCAGCAUUUCCUAAUCUGGCGAAGAAGGAAACUCUACUGGAGCCUUCAGAUUUGCAGUACUUCCAAAAUCAUACCUCCCAAAUGGCUGCUCUGGAUUAUCUAGUCUCUCUUGAGAGUGAUAUAUUUAUUCCAACUUAUGAUGGGAACAUGGCUAAAGUCGUGGAAGGCCACCGCAGAUUCCUGGGAUUCAAGAAGACAUUACUACUGAAAAGGAAGCUGCUAGUGAACUUAAUAGAUCAGUACACCACAGGCUCAUUAAGCUGGGAUGAGUUCUCUACUAUUGUAAAGGAAUUUCAUGCCUCUCAAAUGGGAAGUCCCAAAACAAGAGUGGUCAUACCAGAAAAACCCAAAGAAGAGGACUAUUUUUAUGCCAAUCCGCAAGAAUGUUUGCAAAUGUUAGAUGAACCAUCGAGAAGCACAUGAUAAUGCGAGUCUGAUUUAUAUACAUGGUUUCAUCCAUUGAAUGGUGGCAACUGGUAUAUAUAUAAUAUAUAUUACUUGAGGAAGGUCCAUGGUUCUUUACAAGAAAAAGGUUCUGGUACAAGAGAGUGAGACUGCCUGCUUAUUCCUCACAAGCAUCAUUGGCAUCAUUUAGGUAACACUGAUCAAAUUCCAUGUCUAUGAGUGGACAGAUUUUUGUGCGGAGCAAAUAGUAAGUGAUGUCAAAUCUUCACCAUAAGUGAAAGGUGCAGUAUUUUCUAUUCAUUUAUAUCUAAUCGCAUAAAAUUUUUCUUCAAUAGUUUUACGCUAAUGGCAACAAAUAC